CAUCAACCUCGUGUUUCCGAACCUGUUACCCCUUUGGGACUCCAGUUCGAGCCCCUUGGCAUGGUUUACAGAGGAAAGCCCAGUCUGGGCUGCGCUUCGUGUCGAAAACGGCGACUGAUUUGCGAUCGACAAAACCCGUGUUCGCAAUGUACCCGAGCGAACAAGGAGUGUGGGGGCUAUCGAGAUCCCAAUACCCUGAGGAUUUAUGAUCAGAGUAAAGAGGUUGCCGUGAAGGCUCAAUCUCGGCGAGCUGUCGUUCGGUCCAAGUCAACUUCUCCGGAAACAUCGAUGUCCCCAUCAAUAAUUCUCGAACCGAUCUCGAUUGAUGAGAAGGCGACAUCUCACAUUUUCACAUUCUUUGUCGGCAAACAUGAAACUCGUGGAAUUCUUUCAUUUCUCCCGGACUUAUUGAGCACGGACCCGUCUUUUACCCUUCAAACCACAGUCAAGGCCAUUGGGCUGGCCAGCUUGUCGAGAAUCCACAACUUACCUGAAAUGCGGCGAUUGGCGGGCCUCGAAUAUUGCAAAGCUUUGCUUUCGCUCAAUAAAGCUCUGCAAAAUCCAGACACGGCUAAGACGGACUCCACUUUGGGGACUGUAGCUCUGCUUUCCGUGUAUGAGAUGGUAUCAAGCCAUGAUAUGGUAUCGAAUGACUUUGAUAUCAUGGAUGGUUGGUUGAAUCAUGUCCAUGGAGCCAUGAGGCUUCUCGAAAUACGAGGCGUGGAGCAAUUAGACUCUGACUUGGGAGUGGAGCUGUUCACAACAGUACGCUUACAGAAUGCAAUCAGUAGCGUGUUUUUCAGACGGCCCCUUCAGCACUCACCCACAAUAUCAGCAAUAUCGGAAGUCGCAAAAGCUCGACGCGACGAAAACUCUCAACCAAUUGAACAUUUCUACAAUACACUAAUUCAAUUUAACGACCUUGCCACCGAGGUUAAUGACGCCUCCCAUGGAAAAUAUACAGUCGAAAAUUUGGGAAGGUAUAUCGGAAAGGCUCUUCGCCUUGAUGCCGACCUACGAUCCUGGACAAUGUCUCUCGGUCCUGGUUGGGCUUUUACCAGUAUUCAAGAGCCGCUUUCUCAGAAUGGCCACACCCCCUUUUACAUGCGUGGCGACUCAUACCACUCCUACUAUAAUGUCAACCUUGCCUCAAUGUGGAAUCACUUCCGCCAGACGCGUAUUGUUCUCCACGAGAUGAUUCGCAUAAUGGCAGUACACUUGUACAAACUACGGAAAACAUCCGAAUGCGAACAGACAAUCAUUCAGUCCGUGACUAUAAUAAAUCAGAUGGUGGAUGAUAUUUGCGCCAGUGUGCGGUUCCACUUCAUAUCGGAUCAAGCUCGCUUUGGAGGCGCUAUUCGUCUGCUGUGGCCUUUAUUUAUUUCGGCUAACGUUUCGCACGUAGACUCGGAGACUAAAGAUUGGAUCGCACAAACAUUGGCCAUGAUUGGGAAGAUUAUGGGCGUUCAUCUGGCUACCAUCAUGUCACAGCUUAUACGCAAAGGAGAGUCGUUUGAUAUGAUUCCUGGCACGUGA